CCUAGGCCGUGGACCUAGGCCUCCAGGAAGAAGAAGCCCAGUCACGCAGACUUCGCAAGCACGCACUUGAAAUGUUCUGGUCCCCACAUUCGCAAUGCUCCAAAGGCCGGAAAGGCUCGAACUCUCGCGUUAUCGCUAGUGCAUUUGUUUGAAAGUUCUAUGGGCACGGCGCAUUACGCCAGCAUUCCUCCGAGACGUCUCUGUACGAGGGACAGGCGCGGGACAGCCAGGUGCGACGUGUCCGCCGAGCCCCUUCGGCAAUAAAGGCCGUCUUCAGCCCGUUCGCAGCACAGAAACCUUUAAUCAGUGUUGUUGUACACAGCUAACUUGGUUAAAGCCCAGAAGCUGGUAGAGCUCGGCCCUCAACGGUCAAGUUGGUUUCUUUUGUUCUGCUUCCUUCAACCCAGCCAUGGCCAAUAGCUUGAAGACUCGCAAGUUCCACACAUCUACUGGGCAUCAUGGAGUCACUCGGCGCCUGUGCAUGGUAGGCCUGGGCCUUAUCGCGACCCUGGUCGCGGCCAGCGCGCUCGCCAGCAUCCCGCAGGCCAAAGCGGCGUCGCCCACAACCGACAAGCUCGGCACCGUUAUUGGUAUCGACCUGGGCACGACCUACUCUUGCGUGGGCGUGUACAAAAACGGCCGUGUGGAGAUUAUCGCGAACGACCAGGGCAAUCGCAUCACUCCCUCGUAUGUGGCCUUCACCGACGAGGAGCGCCUGAUCGGCGACGCUGCCAAGAACCAGGCUACCGUCAACCCCAAGCGCACCAUCUACGACGUCAAGCGCCUGAUCGGCCGCAAAUUCUCCGACGCCGACGUUCAGCGAGACCGGAAGCUUGUGUCCUAUGACAUUGUUGACCGCCAGGGCAAGCCCUAUGUGGCCGUGGACGUCAAGGGCGAGCAGAAGGUGUUCUCGCCUGAGGAGAUCUCGGCUAUGAUUCUUCAGAAGAUGAAGGACACUGCUGAGGCCUACCUGGGCAAGACUGUCAAGCACGCUGUGGUCACCGUGCCCGCGUACUUUAACGAUGCCCAGCGCCAGGCCACCAAGGACGCCGGCACCAUUUCUGGCCUGAACGUGGUGCGCAUCAUCAACGAGCCCACCGCCGCUGCCAUCGCCUACGGCCUGGACAAGAAGGGCGGCGAGAAGAACAUCCUGGUGUUCGACCUGGGCGGUGGCACCUUCGAUGUGUCCAUCCUCACCAUCGACAACGGCGUGUUUGAGGUCAUCUCCACCAACGGCGACACUCACCUGGGCGGUGAGGACUUUGACCAGCGCGUCAUGGAGUACUUCAUCAAGCUGAUCAAGAAGAAGUACAAGAAGGACAUUAGCGGCGACGCCCGCGCCCUGCAGAAGCUGCGCCGUGAGGCCGAGCGCGCCAAGCGUGCCCUGUCCAGCCAGCACCAGGUCCGCGUUGAGAUUGAGGCUCUGUACGAGGGCAUUGACCUGUCGGAGCCCCUGACCCGCGCCCGCUUUGAGGAGCUGAACAUGGACCUGUUCAAGAAGACCAUGGGACCCGUCAAGAAGGCCAUGGACGACGCCAACCUGAAGAAGACCGAGAUCGAUGAGAUUGUGCUGGUGGGCGGCUCCACCCGCAUCCCCAAGGUGCAGGACCUGCUGCGCGAGUGGUUCGGCGGCAAGGAGCCCAACAAGGGUGUCAACCCCGAUGAGGCCGUGGCCUACGGCGCGGCCGUGCAGGGCGCAAUCCUCAGCGGGGAAGAGGAGGAGAGCACCGAGGGCCUGAUUGUGAUCGACCGCACGCCCCUGUCUCUGGGCAUUGAGACCACCGGCGGCGUCAUGACUAACCUCAUCCCGCGCAACAGCGUCAUCCCCACCAAGAAGUCGCAGACCUUCUCCACGGCAGCCGACAACCAGCCCACCGUGUCCAUCCAGGUGUACGAGGGCGAGCGCGCCCUGACCAAGGACAAUCACAAGCUGGGCCAGUUCGACCUGAACGGUAUCCCGCCGGCCCCCCGCGGCACCCCCCAAAUUGAAGUGACGUUCGAGGUGGACGCCAACGGUAUCCUCACCGUCUCGGCCCAGGACAAGGGCACCGGCAAGAAGGAGAAGAUCACCAUCACCGCCGAGAAGGGUCGCCUGAGCCAGGACGACAUUGAGCGCAUGGUGAAGGAAGCUGAGGAGUUCGCGGAGCAGGACAAGGCCGUCAAGGCCAAGAUCGACGCCCGCAACCAGCUGGAGACCUACUGCUACAACAUGAAGAACACCGUGGAGGACAAGAUGAAGGACAAGAUCGAGGAGGAGGACAAGGAGAAGAUCACCGCCGCCGUCAAGGAGGCUCUGGAGUGGCUGGACGAGAACCCCGACGCCGACACGUCCGAGUACAAGGACAGGCUGAAGGAGGUUGAGGACGUGUGCAACCCCAUCAUCGCUGAGGUCUACAAGAAGAGCGGCGGCCCAAGCGGCGGCGGCGACUCGCAUGAGGAUGAGGACCUGGCCGACCACGACGAGCUUUGAGCGGCUGAGGCGGCAGUAGCGGGGCAGACAAAGGUGGCGGCAGUAGCAAAGCAGAUCCACGGGCAGAUCAGCAGUAGACAGGGAGCCGCCAGAGCAGGAGUAGUAGGACAGAGACCGCCGUGGAAAUAGUAGAACAUGCGGAGUAAGGUGAGGCAGCAGGUACCGGUAGAGUUGUUGCAAUGGCCAUUGUUGGCGGCGUGCGUGACACAGGUAGGCUCAUGGGGGCCUUUUCCGAGCGCCGGCCACCCUGUGUCACGUUCCUGAAAGCACGUGUUACCCGGAAGUGUGUGCAUGAAUGCACCGGAACGGUAGCAUUAAUACUGAAUUCAAAGUUUAAUAAGACGAUUGGAUAGCCGGGACGCAUAGGCGUGCUUGGCAUGCGGGGUUGCAAUGUGGGCAUCCAGUAUACCGGUACGCGCUUCUACCUUCAUAUUGUCCUUUGUCUUCCAUCUAUGAUUGUCUUGCCUUGGAACUGACUUGUGGUCGUUACCUCACAUGGCGGGGGUGGUGCACUGGGGGUAUGGGGGGCGCGUGGGGAACGUCGGGGCGAGGGGUGGGGCACUGGGGCCGUGGGGGCUUGGGGCAGCUUGGCCCCGCCCCGUCCUCCAAUCAAGCAACCGUAUCAAGCGGGCUCGUGUAACCAAGCACAUCG